CUCUGCUGGGAUGAACCAACUGCGUCGUUUCUCACCCAGCAGUGACGUCACCAGUCGGUAGGCGCAGAAGCGGUAGUCUCUGCUCGGUAUCUGGAGAUAAAGGGUGCUUUUUAUUGCACAGAUUCACACAGCAGAUAUAUAAACAGGUUAGCUUCAUUGUGCCUGCUUAUAAUGUCGGUUCCUGCAGGACAGACAGAUGUUCAGAUGGACAGAGGAGCUCUGAUGAGCGACCAGACUGUUUCCUCUGAAAAAGACAUUGACAUCGACGAGAAAGAGUUGGAGAAGAUCACAAAGAAACAGCGAGAAGAAGAGACGACCACGCUGCCUCUGCAUUCACCUUGGACCUUCUGGCUGGACAGGUCAUUACCAGGCACGACAGCUGCACAAUGUGAAUCCAAUCUGAAGAAGAUCUACACCGUGCAAAGUGUUCAGACGUUCUGGAGUGUAUACAACAACAUCCCUCCAGCCACAGCCCUGCCUCUGAGAUGUAGCUAUCACUUAAUGCGUGGAGAACGGAGGCCACUGUGGGAAGAAGAAAGCAACGCAAAAGGAGGAGUAUGGAAGAUGAAAAUACCAAAAGAAAGCACUUCUGCAGUUUGGAAAGAAUUGUUACUUGCUACUAUCGGAGAGCAGUUUGCAGAUUACUGUGCCUCAGACGAUGAGGUUGUUGGCGUCAGUGUUAGCGUUCGGGAUCGGGAAGAUGUUGUACAAGUCUGGAAUAGCGAUGCUUCUCUUGCUAACGAAGCGACUAUCUUGAAGAGAGUCUAUGAGCUCCUCCCGCACAUGACUUUUAAAGCUGUUUUUUAUAAGUCUCACAUGGAACAUCAUGCCUUUGAAGGAGGACGCUCAAGACAUUAAAUGAUUGUAAUGCACUUUUUUUUUUUUUUUUUUUUAACCUGAACUCUGUACCUGCCUUUACGUACUGAAAAGGCACUGUCCACGACCUAAUCAAGGAUAUUGUUUUGCAUUCAACAAGGAAAUUGUUAUCAAUAUAUUUUUAUAACUUUUAAUGACUGAUGCCUUGUUUUGAUGUGGGUCCUAUAAAAAGCUCUGAACUCUUCAGAGAAUGUAAAUCCAGCAUAAAUCUCAUCAUCUGGAGUUCAUUAGUUCAUGUUGGAUUUACACUUCCUCCUAUACUGAACUGCACUGUCACGGUCCCGUUCUCUGCACGGCCCAACGGACCUCCACAAUUUAUCCCUGGUAUAGAGGUAGCAGCUACAUAAUUAGUGUGUUUUACUGUUUUGAUAUGUGAGAUAUCUCUAUUCAUUUCAUGUUUUAAUUAAGUCAGCUUAGUUGGUGCCAAAGCACUUUUCUGCCAUUUAAGAAGUUUGGUGUUUUUAUUCAGCUGGAGUUUGUCCACUCCUGAGGAUGGAGUGAAUGUCCCGUUUGGUUUCUUGAAACUUCACCAACUGUACAUCAAAUUUAGAAUCAGGGUAACACUUGGAAAUAUUGCACAUGACUACCUAUUCCAAUCACAGUGUCCCUCAGUUAUAGAGCCAUCAUAGGGAAUCAGAACGUAUCCCAGCGUAGAUAUAUGGCCCCAAGAACCUUAGCUUUAGUUAAACCCAUCCUGAAAGGUGCCUCUUUAAAUGUUCUCCGCCACAUUUGACAUUUCUUUUAAUACAUGUGUUGAAAGUAGACCCUCUGCUCUCCCAAAUGGGGUCAGGGACUGUUUAGCGUAUUACUCUGAAGAGAUACUGCACAUUUUUGUGCUCAACUAGUGUUGCUCCGUAGUACUUGUCUGUACUUGUUUCCCCUACUGGUAUGUAUCUAGUUUGCUUAACUGGACGGUGUCCUUAUAACCAGAGAAGAAUGCAGCAUUGUUUGCUCUGAAGGAAGUAAUCAUGAGUUCAUGCUAUUCACAUAUUUAGCAUGAUGUGUACAAUAUGUCAAAUUUCAUCGUUUAAGGUGCUCUAUUCGUUAUCCAGAGCAUUAAUAUAGCAGCAAACAACUAUUAGCUAUGUAAAGAUAUAGAGGAGUAAUGUCUACCUGAGCAGAGAUUGAAGUUACUCUCCCUCUGUUAGCGCGGAGCCGAUAGAAAUGCUCCCAAUCUCCCAAUCUCCCAUUUAGCACCUUUCAGAAAAAGUCAAAUGUGACAGAUGUAGCGAGUUUCAAUAGUCACUGAGUCAAUUUAUACUGCUGCUUCAAGGACAAGUACACUUAAACCAGAAGUUACACUGACCUCACCUAUUUGAGAAUGUCCAUAAUGAUAAAUAGCAUCAUUGUUAAUAGAGAAAACAGAAAAGCAUAUUUUUAUACUAGCUCCCUUUUACAAAUCUGGGACGUCAUCGCCCAGAUCGAGUUACUAACACAGUUCUACUGUUACUGCAGUGUAGGCUCCAGUAUCUGAAAGCUUCUGGUAUUAUUGUACGUCACACCACUUUUAUAGUUCAACUUUGGACUGGUUGAUGCGUUAGUCACAAGGGGGACAAUAUUUCCUUUGUAAACAUGAUUUUUGCAGUGACAUGGACAAAGUUAAUAAAAUGGAAAUGGAAAAUGCAA